CACUGUUAGUACGGGAAGAGCUGGUAGACGGUCAGCAUUGGUCUCAACCUACGUUUCUUUAAGCCUUCAAAGACGUACAGACUCUCGUGUGUACCGAAUAAACGUUUUCAAUCAUUCUCAAAUCGAUUCCAAGUGAAGUAGUGCCUGUGCCCCAUUUUGCUGUCUCUCUUUCUUUUUCGGAAAAUGAACCGCAAAAAAAUUCGGCUUUUCUUCAGUCGGGACUGUUAUUGAGACAAGCCAGGGGAAAUGUUUUUGUUUAUACUGGGGACAUUGACAGUUAUACCCGUGUUGCUAGGCAAUGGGGAUGUCUGUAAAGUUCUAAAUGAAGCGGAGGACAGAAAAGGGCCUUCCAGGCCCUGAAUAGGCACAGAUGGCCGCAGGGCUUGAGGCAGAGCCCGACACAGGGCCGGCCUCUCGUCAUGAAUCGGAUCUGUACACCAGGCCCGGCUGGGUUGACGCUGACGUUGCCUUGGCACAACUUGACCAGGAUAAGGCCAAUGGAGAUCGAGGAAUAUUAUGGAUCCGCAGCAGAAUUCAACGACAGUUGAAGUCUUUAGGCACUGUUCUUGAGGUGCAUGCGGGCAAGUUUCUCUUCGUCAGUAUCCUGGCUAUAGCGACCUUUUCCGUUGGUCUCAAGAGCAUGACCUUUCACACGGACAUCGAACUAUUAUGGGCAGAACCGUCUACUUCUCCCGAAUCAUCCCCCAAAGAGCUACUCUCCACCCACCAAAUGGUUGUCCAAACCGGUGUGGACCCUGACAUCGAUCUUCUCCAACCCCACGGUUUAUUGGAACACCUGCUUUUGGUUAAGAAAGCGACGGAAGUUAGCAUUAACAUGUUCGAUAUAUCUUGGAGACUAAAAGAUUUCUGUCAGUUACCGAGCAUUCCCAAUAUCGACGCGCAAUACAUCGAGCAAAUUUUCGAAAACAUGAUGCCAUGUUCGAUCGCAACACCGCUGGAUUGCUUCUGGGAAGGAUCUAAACUUCUUGGACCUGAGUUUCCAGUAUACAUACCAUAUGGUAUGGGAGACCAAAUCAAAUGGACGAACUUAGACCCAGAGCAAAUCAUCAAACGAUUAAAAACAAAAGAAUCGAAUUUCGAUUACCCUUUCUUGGAGGACUAUUUAAAACGAGCUGGCAUUACCACUGGUUACCAGCAGAAGCCUUGUCUAAACCCUCGAGAUCCAGACUGCCCUAAAACUUCCCCUAAUUACAAUUCAACCUCUCGUCUGGAUAUUGGAGCAGAGCUCACAGGCGGAUGUUAUGGUUUUGCUGCCAAAUACAUGCAUUGGCCUGAAGAUCUUAUUAUUGGUGGAACUAAAAAGAACAAAACCGGCCAUAUUAAGCAGGCCAAAGCACUGCAGACCGUCGUGCAACUCAUGGGCGAAAGAGAGCUCUUUGAAUUUUGGUCAGGGCAUUACAAAGUUCAUCAUAUUGGAUGGAACCAAGAAAAAGCUUCGUUGGUUUUAAACACUUGGCAAAAGAAAUUUGCUCAGGAAGUGAAAAGAUUAUCUGACUCAAAGAAAAGCUCAUCUUCGUCAUACCUGUUCAUCACGUUCUCUACGGCAAAUGUAAAUAAGAUACUCGAAGAAUACUCGAAAACAGAUACUAUUAAAAUCGGUUUAGUGAUAGCUGUCGUCGCGAUAUACGGGUGGAUAGUACAAUCUCCUCUAGCUGCCAUAGGAACUCUAGUAUUAGCCAGCACCGCAGCUGCUGCUUUAGGAGUGUGUAGCUUGAUAGGACUUCCAAUGAACCUCCUUAGUACCCACGUGUUGCCAUUUAUAACCGUCGGUCUCGCGAUGCGCGAGAUGUUCCUUCUUCUAAACGCGCAUACGAAAAACUUGGCUCCCUCCGAUAUUCUUUUACGAACUGGACCGAAUAUAGUGGCGGCCAUAUUGAUAAACUCGGCGUCAUUCUUGACCGCAGCAAUACUACCAGUGCCCGCCCUGAGAGUGUUUGCUUUGCAAUGCGCAGUCAUGGUGAUCUUCCACGGCGCAGCGCUGCUCAUAGUGUUUCCUUGUCUACUGGCUCUGGAACAGAGGUGUAGGAAAAGUGACGUGCCAUGUUUCAGGAGCGGAAACAAAGGCAAAACGGCAACGCAACACAAUAAUAACAACCCGGAGCAUGGAGCGAAUUUAUUGACAGCUGAAGUGAUAUGUCAGCAGAAAAGGAGCUUCGUGUCUUACUUUGCAAUGCGAUAUCUGAAGUCAGUGUUGCUACAACCAUUUGUAAAAGUGGUACUGUGUUUAACUUACGCCAUAUUGGUGAUAUUCUUCGUAUUCAAUGGGCUCCAUUUGAAGUUUGACGUUAGGUUAUCGACAUUUUUGCCGAGAAACACGCAGGAGUACAAAUAUCUUGAAGCGCAAAAUAAAUAUUUCGGAUUCUAUAACUUCUACUUGGUUACGACGGAACUGGAGUAUCCAGUCAACCAACCGUUGCUUUAUGAGUAUCACUCGUCGCUAUCUCAUGUACCUCACGUACUCAAAGACUCAAACGGAGGGCUGAAUAUGAACAACUUCUGGCUAGCCAACUUCCGAGAUUACUUGAUCGAUCUCCAGGAAGAAUUCGAUCACAGCAGAAGCACCCAUUGUUUGAACAGCGAGAAAUGGUUUCCCAACGCAACGGAAAAGGCAGUAUUAGCGUUCAAGCUCAUGGCGCAAACUGGUAUUAUUGAAUUUCCUGUAGAUAAAAGCCAGAUAUUAAAGAAAAGACUGGUCCACGAUGGUAUUAUUGACCCCAAAGCAUUUUACAAUUAUUUAUCUGCUUGGAAUAGCAACGAUCAAAUCUCUUAUUCGAGCAGUCAGGCCGAUCUGACUCCGAAACCUUUUGAGUAUUAUAGUUCGAAGGCAGAGCCCGAUCUGAAAAUACGACGGUCGCAGCCUUUAACUUACGCACAAAUGCCGUUCUACCUCAAAAACCUUAAGAGCACAGGCGACAUCAUCGCCACUUUAAGGCACAUCAAAGAUAUUUCGGAGGAAUUUAAUAGCAGGGGACUCAAAAAUUACCCUGUAGGACUUAUAUUCGCUUAUUUUAAUCAGUUCCUAUUAUUAGAUAGGUUAUUAGUAGCCCAAAUAGUGCUUACGUUAGCUGCAGCCGGACUAGUGUCCUGUCUGCUAGUAAGAUGGUCCAAACUAUGGUGUUCCUUAUUUAGUACCCUAAUAGCAAUGCUGCCUUUGUUAUUGGUCGACAUAAACGCUUUCAGCAGUACCAUGGGAGCUCUUCAUUUUAUUAUUGUAGGAAGAAACGUGUUUCUGAUAACAACUGGAUUCUUUAGUGCAUUAGGCAGCAGAGAGAAAAGGGUCAAGAUGUCGUUGGAAAUCAACGCUGACUCGAUAGUGAAAGGAGACCUAGGACUUCUGGUAUCGGUAUUAGUGCUUAUAAUGUCAGAUUUCGAAUUCAUCCGGGAUCACUUGUUCAUGUUCUUAAUCAUAUCCAUCGCAACUUCCUUUAUAAACUCCCUCACUUUCUUCCCUUUAAUGCUAGCUAUGGUUGGCCCUAAGUCAGAAAUCGUGCCUGUCGAUCACGAUGACAGGAUUUCAACCCCAUCACCUCCUACUCCUCCUCCAGUUAGAACUUUUCUCCCAGAAAAACCUAAAGUUUUCUCCAAACCUUCGCGUAGGAACCCUCCCAAUAAAGCCACAAGAGAAACAAGCCUGACGACCAUCACGGAGGAAAGCUGCAAUCAGAGCAUCGUUGUUGAGCCUCAAGUGACUGUAGAGUACAGUAGUCCGGAAUCGACUUCAAGCGGACCUUACACAACGAAAGUGACAGCUACAGCUAAUAUAAAAGUGGAACUAGUUACUCCAAUCUAUCGGAAUAAGUGCAGUAGUAAGUGUCAUAGGAGUCGAAGUUCCAAAUGCAACAGAACUAAACAAAAAACGGCGCCGCCAGCUCAGCAGCAAUGCAAGUGUUGCAAUAAAGAUUCGGACAGUGAUAGCACGCCAGAGACAGAACCUUGUCAGUCAAGCUAGCAUUUUUUCCUUUCUAUAGAUAUCUUUUCAAAACCAUUUUAAGCUUCUAUAUUCAACAAGACCUUAAUGUAUUUUUAAGAAAUUUUUGUAUAUAUGUGAAAAGAAAGUAUUAUAUUUCUUAAAUUUUAAACAAUGUACAAAAACGAAAUUAUCAAAUGUUUAAGUAUUAUCUGUAUCCUUAAGGCUGGUUCAUUGUUCUAGUGGUCCUAAAUAAAUAUUUUAUUUUUUUGGCAUUUCAAAAAUUAGAAAAGAUGACUAAUUAUUUUUAUGUUGAAACUGGAACAGACCACAAAAUUACCAACUUCAGCUAGCAUGAA